UGGUGCAGCCGCCUCCAGCUCAUUUACCUGCGCGCCUGCCCGCCUGCCGCUCGCUGCCCCGCCAUGUCUUGCUACAUCUACCAGCUGCCCUCUUGGGUGCUGGACGACCUGUGCCGAAACAUGGACACGCUCAGCGAGUGGGACUGGAUGCAGUUCGCCUCCUAUGUAAUCACAGACCUGACCCAGCUGCGGAAGAUCAAGUCCAUGGAGCGGGUGCAGGGCGUGAGCAUCACGCGGGAGCUGCUGUGGUGGUGGGGCAUGCGGCAGGCCACCGUCCAGCAGCUUGUGGACCUCCUGUGCCAUCUGGAGCUCUACCGCGCUGCCCAGAUCGUCCUGAACUGGAAAUCAGUUCCUGAAAUCAGAUCUUCCAUCCCAGGCUUCCCAAACACCGUGAAGUCAGGAAGACCUUUGGCAGCUUCUGUAAGAAACGCCGAGGACGAGCAGGGAAAGGGGCAGCCAAUGAGGCCGAAUUCUUUUCCGGACCCAGGCUUUUCUCCAGCCAGAGCCCACCAGCAGGCCUCUGUCCUGCCUCCUUCUGAAGAGGAUAUCCCUUAUUCCUUAAAAACUGACCUCACUGCUUCAUCUGAUUCAAAGGAUUUCAGCACCUCCAUUCCUAAGCAGGAAAAACUUUUGAGCCUGGCCGGAGAAGGCCUUUUCUGGAGCGAGGCAGAUGUGGUCCAGGCAACUGAUUACUUCAACCAAAACCACAAAAUCAGCGAGGGUGCCUUUGCUGACGUCUACAGAGGGCAAAGGCACGGGACGCCAUUUGUCUUCAAGAAGCUCAGAGAGACAGCUUGUUCAAGUCCAGGAUCAGUCGAAAAAUUCUUCCAGGUGGAGGUACAAAUCUGUCUUAGAUGCUGCCACCCCAACAUCUUACCUGUGCUGGGCGUCUGUGCCGGAAGACAGUUUCACAGCUUGAUCUACCCCUACAUGGCAAAUGGUUCUUUACAGGACAUACUCCAUGGUCAGAGUGGUUCUGACCCCCUCCCAUGGCCCCAGCGCAUCAGCGUCUGCUCAGGGCUGCUUCGUGCUGUCAAGCACUUGCACAGCCUGGAGAUCAUCCACAGCAACAUCAAGAGCUCCAAUGUUUUGCUGGACCAAAAUUUCAUCCCCAAGCUGGCUCAUCCAAUGGCUCACCUGUGUCUCGUCAACAAAAGGUCAAAAUACACCAUGAUGAAGACCCACCUUUUCCAGGCUUCAGCUGCAUAUCUGCCAGAAGAUUUCAUCAGGGUGGGGCAGCUGACAGAGCGCGUGGACAUCUUCAGCUGUGGGAUAGUAUUAGCCGAGGUUCUCACUGGCAUCCCUGCAAUGGAUAAUGACCGAAACCCAGUUUACCUGAAGGAUCUGCUCCUUACUGAAAUUCCAAGCAGCACCGCCUCACUCUGCUCCAGGAAGACGGGCAUGGAGAAGGUGAUAGCCAAGGAGAUCUGCCAGAAAUACCUGGAGAAGAGAGCAGGGAGGCUGCCGCAGGACUGCGCGGAGGCCUUGGCCGCGGCUGCCUGCCUGUGCCUGCGGAGGAGGACCGCCCGCCUGCAGGAGGUAUGUGGCUCUGUGUCUGCCGUGGAAGAGAGGCUCCAAAGUCAGGAGACACCACUCCCUUGGGGUGGGCUUUCUGAGGGCCCCGGCUCUUCCUCCAACAGCCCAGAGGAAACAGAUGACGUUGACAAUUCCAGCCUUGACAACUCCUCCUCCAUGAGGGCGGGGACAGCUGCCUCACCUCUUCCCACUGAGAAUGGAGAAAGCAGGCUGCAGGCCACUGGGGAAAUGGAGGCUGACUCCUCCUCUGAGGCCUGUGCCUGCCUGGAGCCUCCCCAGGAUGCUACAGAGACUUCAUGGAAAAUUGAGAUCAACGAGGCCAAAAGGAAACUGAUGGAGAAUAUUCUGCUCUACAAAGAGGAGAAACUGGACAGCAUUGAGCUUUUUGGCCCGUGAGGACUGGAGCACAGAUGAGGAUCCUUGUUCUUAAUUGGAAAGACGAUUGUCAACUCAAGAAAAAGGUCUGAGGCAGAAUCCAAGAUCUGCUAUGCAAUACACAAACCAAACAUCAGCUUUCCUGAAAGGGAGAAAAACUUCCCAUUUCACCAGAAUGAGUUGGGGGAGAGGAGACCUCAGCUUUUAGAGACAAAAAAAAAUCCAUGAAGUCCUCUUCAUUUCUGGUAUUUAUUAGUCAGAGCAGGGUAUCAGAGACUGAAGCGGAAACCAUGCUACAUGGGCCCAGGAUGUGGGUGAUUUUGUGGUUCCAGGGAGCACGUGAUGAUAACUACCCCAGCAGAUGCUGUUGCCUCAGCAGUUCUUGCCCCUCGACAACUGACGGAGCAUUAUGCAACACCAAUGGCAUUUUCCAAAGUUAAGACAUCUGGGUCAUAUUUGUCAACAGGUGCCUGUAAACUCCCAUGCUCUGAAAGAUUUUCAACUGUGUCCCGAUGCAGUUCUUGACUUACCUCUCAAGGUCUCAGGUUUUACAAAUGCCAGACACCUGACAAAGGGCUCUGAAGACUUUCCACUUCCUCUAUGGGAAAUCUUGCAACCUGCAGAUAUUUAUUUAUUUAAGUUCCUGCUCAGCACCUUUAUCCUCCCAUCCCACUAGUGCUAAUAUUUUGAAUGGAGCUUUCAUUUUGAGAAUGUCUUAUUUAUGGCUGGAUGAAGAAUCAGGAGAACUCAUUUCAUGUCUGAUUCUGCUGCUAAAUAAGUCACUCAUUUAAUUUCUGGGACCUCAGUUUCCUUGUAAGUAAGAUAACACCUGCUUGUUCUCGCUCCCUGGGCUGUUGGGAGGAACAGUUGAGACUGGCUACAGAAGUACUUGGAAAAUGCCUUGUCCUGUUUUAUAAAAUAAAUAAAAAUGUAUUAAACGUGUAUUUCUGUCAUGUACCUAACGUUCAUGCAGUGGGUAUAUUUCUGAUAAGUCAUGUUGCAAAUCUUUAUGUGAAACUAAUGCUAUUUUAAAUUCAUUGAGAGAA